AUGCGUCUAUCCAUCCUACUCUCGUUAACGAUUGCUUCGCUUUGCAGCACGCUUCCUAUCGUUGAGCAACCUGCAGGUACUUGCUCCAACCCGCGCAUCAGGAAAGAAUGGCGUACGCUGAGCUCUUCCGAACAACAUGCCUAUAUCGAUGCCAUUCAGUGCCUGAAACGCGCACCUUCCAAGGGCACUGAGAUAUUUAGCACCCUGAAGACGCGAUAUGAUGACUUCGUCGCGUUACACAUCAACGCCACGCGAGGCGGCCAGGAUGCCCCGUCACUCGCCAACCCAGAUGUUCCAGCUCCCAACGUUACGCUUUACGGUGUUCAUACCGUUGGUGUCUUCCUCCCCUGGCACCGCUACGCCAUCUGGGUCUUCGAAUCUGUGCUUCGCUCGGAAUGCAACUACACUGGCGCACAACCGUACUGGGACUGGACUCUCGAUAACCCGUCCACAGGCAACGGCUCCAUCCUAACCUCACCCGUUUUGGAGGCUUUCGGGGGUAAUGGUGUCGAGCCGUCGGGCUGCAUUCAGAAGGGUCCGUUCUCCGGGCCUGAGUUCCUGAAUAUUGGGCCUGUCGAGUCACUGGCACCGAAUCCGCGCUGCUUGACGCGCGCUGUUGAUGUCGAUCUGUUCAAUAUGGGUUCUACUUGGCAAGCCAUUUAUCCGGCGACCAUGCAGGCGAAUAAUUAUUAUCAGCUUCAGAACUUCAUCGAUGGAUUGAGUUUUGUCGACGAUGCGGAUAAAAUCCCCACGGAAGCAGGUAUCAACCCACAUGGUCUAGGACAUCAGACUGUUGGUGGUGAUAUAAGCGACAUUUACUCCUCCCCCAAUGAUCCUCUCUUCUGGCUCCACCAUGCCCAACUCGACUACAUGUGGACACUCUGGCAAACCCGCGACCCUGCCCGCCUCACCGAUAUCAGUGGCCCAAGAACCAUAGAGGGCUUCGGCCCCGGUCCCGAUGCCGUCGAGCAAACUACAGCAAAUACGCCGGUAUGGAUGGGUUUCGUGGGCGAGGAUGUCAAUGUUGGCGCCGUUCUGGAUACGAUGAACCGAGAGGGUGGGGGUGUGUUGUGCUACAAGUAUCAGGACUCACCAUCGUUGGUCGGGCGGGAACUUUAG